CGACUGGCAAUCAGCAUCCAGUUCACUCCUGGACGCACCCGGAACCAUUGUGAAUAGCAAAAAUGAAGAUUCUGUUUGUGUUUGCCCUGCUGGCAGCAGUGGCAUUGGCGGAAGAGGCGGAGAAGAAGGAGUCAGCGACGGAAACUAAAGCCGAGGAGACGGAGCCAGCCAAGAAGACAGAAAAACGCGGUAUCCUCGGUCUCGGUUACGGAUACGGUUAUGACAUCGGUGGCUACGACAUCGGCGGUGGACACGGCCAGAGCCUCCACUCGUCCGACUACGACCUGGGAAGUUUCGGUGGUUACGGAGGUGGUUAUCACGGUGAUCAUCACGUUAAAACCUUGACAGUUGUGAAGAAUGUACCAGUACCGUAUCCAGUGGAGAAGCACAUCCCAUAUCCCGUGGAGAAGCACGUGCCUUACCCAGUCAAAGUACCAGUGCCACAGCCCUACCCCGUGGAGAAGCACGUACCAUACCCAGUUAAGGUUUACGUAAAGGUGCCAGUACACGUGCCUCAGCCCUACCCAGUGGAGAAGAAGGUGCCUUAUCCAGUUCACGUACCAGUUGACCGUCCCUACCCUGUCAAGGUUUUGGUGCCACAGCCCUACCCAGUCGAGAAGCACGUGCCUUAUCCUGUCAAAGUACCAGUGCCACAGCCCUAUCCCGUCGAGAAAAAGGUGCCGUAUCCAGUUAAAGUACCAGUCCACGUGCCCCAGCCCUAUCCAGUCGAGAAGCUCGUGCCUUAUCCAGUUAAAGUGCAUGUCGACAGACCCUACCCGGUUGAGGUGCCCAAGCCAUAUCCAGUACACGUUGAGAAGAAGGUGCCUUAUCCCGUUGACAGGCCAGUACCAUAUCCAGUCAAAGUACCUGUUGACCGACCAGUUCCCUAUCCCGUUGAGAAACACGUACCGUAUCCAGUCAAGGUCCCCGUCCCUGCACCCUACCCCGUUGAAAAACACAUUCCAUAUCCCGUUGAGAAACCUGUACCUUACGCUGUCAAGGUUCCAGUUGACAGACCAUACCCCGUUCAUGUGGAGAAACAUGUUCCCUAUCCUGUGGAAAAACCCGUUCCUUAUCCUGUCAAGGUACCUGUGGCCGUUCCAGUUCACGUUGAGCAUCACCAGGAGCAUCAUCACAUCGAUCAGCAGGGACACGGUGGCUACGAAUACGCUGAACCAGCGCACGGCAGCUACGAGUCGUACGACUAUCACCACUAGGGACUGGCGAACAGCCCGUCUAGUGCGUCUCAACAAAACCGAGUGGCUAAUUCGUCCGAAUAACGCGCAUUCACACAACGAUUACCUGAUGAUUUUGUAAUUUAAUUACUGUAUUAUUCUUUUUAAGAAGAAGUACUGGAAGCUUGGAAUGCGCCGAAUACGGUGCGAUGAAUACUACGAUAUUCAUCGUGCAGGUGGAGACCGGGGCGCUUUAAGAUCGUCAUGAAAUUUUCACGCGUCAGAAUUUGACGUGUUCCAAUCGAAAAUUUGACGACUGGAAUUGUAUAAAUGGAAAAAAUUGCUCUCUGCCUCUGGGGUCUCCCGGAUUACUCUGCUCUCGCCAAGUUUUCAGGUCGGAUGGGUGUCUCAACGGCGUUACGAGAGAUCAGUUGACUCACUGAUCUCUAGAUCAUAAGUUUUUUAUGUUAUGGUGACCCUUGUCUCCGGACUUCGCUCGGUUAUUAAUGUUAAUAAUAAUGACGUUAGACGCUCUACCCUUUCUAUUUUAUAUCGCUAGAUUCAGAAUUUAUGUAUUUUUGUACUAUAAAUAUUAAACAAGUUUAAAUUAA